CACAAUGGAUAAUAAUUUACUUCGGUCACAAAUCCAUGAAAAUUGCAAAUUAAGUUUGCCUGAAGGCUUAAAAGAUUUAAUGAGCGAUAUAUCGAGGGAAGUUCUAAGAGCCCAGCCACCGAACGUAUAUCAAUUUGUGGCAAAGUAUCUUGAAGCUCUACUAGAAGUUAGAGAUGUGUUAUCUAUCGCUUGUCACAUUUGUGAUGACACCUGUGAAUGUGCUUGCGACCCAGAACUGCACAGCGAGUUGAAAGCAAUUCCCUUGGAUGAGGAUGAUCUCGAUAAGGCCGUGGAAAUAAUUGGGGCGCACUUAAAGAAGGAGUCAGUAAAUGAAUCGAGUCUACUUGCGAAAUUGGUAAACAAAACUAGCAUUAACGAUUUAUACAUACCCACCAUCCAGGGAGCAGUGCAGAGAGCGUUUAAACGUCAACGACUAAAAAACACUAAAGUUAAGUACUCGAAGAAUGACCCGAAUGAUAUAACGACGAAUGCUGUCCAACACACCAUUCAACUUUAUCAACGAGCCAAACCUAAGCAUAAAGAAUUCUUCGCACCAACAGACCUUAAACUAUGUAUCGAACUUAAAUCUCACACGGCUGGGAAUGUUGACAAACCAUUUUUUCAAGAGCAGGGUCUAGAAUUAUCUUUGAAUAAUACUGGUGAUGAAGGAUUUACUAGCCCAAAAUAUGUUACAUGCUAUAAAAAGGAAUUAGAAAAUCAUCAAAAUUAUGAUUUUAAUCAUCCAAAGUAUGUCAUUGAAGAUUUUAACGAAGAUAUACAAGAGGAAAUUGACGAACAUGAAAAAUCAAGGAAGACAUCAAUCGUUUCAUCUGUUGACGAAUCUUUAACAAACGGUGACGACAGUGAUGAUGAAGUAAUGUGAAUUGUUACAAAUAUUUGUUCUCUUUCAAAUAAAAAACAUUUC